AUGACUAUUCAUCUAUUGUAUUUUCAUGAAAUAGAGGGAAACAGAUUUAUGGAAAGAAAGUGGUUCAAUUCAAUGCUGUUUAAUAGGGAUUUAGAAUAUAGGUGUGGUUUAAGUAAAUCAAUAGAUAGUUUUGAUCCUAUUGAAAAUAACGGUGUAAAUGAAGACCCAUCUAUUUUAACUGAUGACCCAUCUAUUUUAACUGAUAUGGAUAAUGACAUUCAUAGUUGGAAGAACAAUAGUGAAAAUGAUAGUUACAACCAUGGUGAUUAUUUAGUAGAUGCCAGCAACAUACAAAAUUUCCUAUCUGAUAAAACUUUUUUAGUUAGGGAUAGUAAUAGGAAUAGUUAUUCCAUAGAUUUUGCUAUUGAAUGUCAAAUUUUGGAGAUUGACAAUAAUCAUUCUUUUUUUAAUGAACCAAAAAGUUUUUUUGCUAGUUAUCAAAAUUAUAGCUAUUUGACAAAUGUCUCUAAGAGUAAUGAUCCUAAUUACAUAGAUGAUACUCAAUGUAAUUGGAUUAAGAACAUUAAUAGUUGGAUUGAGAGUUAUCUUCGUUAUCAAAUCUGUAUUGCUAGUUACAUUUUAGAUGAUAGUGACAACUACAAUGCCAAUAUCAGUGACUUGAAUAGUUACAUUUCCGAUGAUACAAAUGAUAGUGAUUUGUAUCAAAUAUAA